AUUUUAGAUAUACAUUAUAUAUAUAAUACAAAAAUACGCACAGAUAUUUGUGUAUAGUAAUAGCAGUUUCUUUUCUUUAAAAAAAGAAGUAAAAAUAAAAUAAAAUGCCAUUACAAAAGGACCUGUACACAGAUGAUGAUCCAAGUUAUGCACGCACUCGCUUAAAUUCUGGAAUCCCCCCACCAUCGCUACGUGAUCGUCGACAGGAUUCACAUGAUCGACCCCACCAUCACCAACAGCAGUAUCAGCAACAUCAGCAAGGAAGACGUAGAGAUGAAAAUUUAAGCGGUUGGAACCCAGCAACUCAACGACCAUCCCACAGACAAGAAUCAUAUCAUCCUUAUCCUCAACAACAGAGACAGUCUUAUAACUCAGGAGGACAAACAAUACCAAAUCAAGCAAACCCAUCUUCUUUCAGACCUAGCCAUAACAGCAGCAGCGGUUAUCCUCCACGAGACCAAUACAGAAAUGAAAGACAUAUAGAAGAGCGUCCUAGAGAAGAGCGUCCUAGAGAAACAAGACAUCAAGAGCCACAGAGACAAAGAGAGGAACGGCCAAAAGCCCAGCACGCCAAAGUCGAUUUACGAACAAGUACCGAUUUUCUCGUCUGUGAAGAUCCAUCAAAGAAACUCAGCAUUGAUCAAAUCACUGCCAAUAUUAGAGCUUCUGGUAUUAAAGAUAAGGAUGAUGACUUUAUUAGUUCUGCCGAAUUGAUCCAGAAAGCCAACGCUUUGCGUGAAACUAUCCGUCAAGCUCCUGCAGAACCAAGGUCCACAGCCAGAGCAAGAAGCAAUCCUUUUGAAUCUAUUGGAAAAUCGAUAUUUAUGAACAGAGCAGCUACAAAACUAGCAGCACUGGACGCUACAUUUUCGUUGAGCUCAACCUCAGAUAACAAGCCUUUAGUGUUUGCUGAUUUGUGUGGAGGACCUGGUGGAUUUACAGAAUAUCUGCUGUGGAGAGUUUGCAGUGGUGGCGGUAAUGCUCAUGGUUACGGCAUAACCCUCAAGAUGCCAGACGAAACAGAUGAAUUAAAUUGGCAAACUGGAAAAUUCCGUUCCGAUGCCCCUUUGAACUUUACGAUUAUUGACGGACCUGAUGGUUCAGGUAAUCUUUAUCACGAAGCAAAUAUUCUUGGAUUUGGAUCAAAAAUCAUGAGCGAAACAAGCAAUCAAGGUGUUGAUUUAGUUGUCGCUGAUGGUGGUUUUGACUUUACUGGAAAGGAAGAACACCAAGAAAAUUAUGCCCAGCGCUUAUUGCUGUGUGAGGCCAUAACGAUGCUUACAUGUCUCAAGAAAGGUGGCACAUAUGUGUGCAAAUUCUUUGACAUGAAUGAGGAGUUCACGGCUGAUCUGGUCUGGUUACUGUACCAAUUGUUUGAGAUGGUCUGCAUCACAAAACCUUUAACCAGUCGUCCUGCCAAUUCAGAAAGAUACCUGGUCUGUAAACAGCUGAGAUUCCAACAGCCAACCGGCCUAAUCAAUGCUCUCAUGAGAGUCCAAAACAUGAUGGAGCACAAACCAGUAAUGAGCUUUGUCAAGGCAGCUGUGCUCACAGAGGAUGAAGAAUUCUUUGAUUAUGUCAAGAUGCGAAAUUUCAAAAUGUUGCUCAAACAGAUUAACUCUCUUACACAAUUGGAUCUUCACCUUAAAGACCCUCAGCGCCCACUGCAGUUUGAUCAAGAGGCUAUUCGUCGUCAAUGUUUAGCAGAAUGGCGCCUUCCUUUGCGAUAAAUGCUGUUAUACAAUUAUCAGCAGAAUAUUAUAUAUAUUUGCACAUAUAUUGAUUGAUUGAUUGAUUGAUUGAUUGAUUGAUUUUUUUAAAAAAAAAUAAAUUAUAAUUUAUUUAUUCUUUUUAUUCUU